UUACCUAACUAUUACCUCUUUUAACUGUCACACACACACUCUUUCUCUCUCUACACUUCACUCUGCAAUUGCUAUGGCCGUCCCUUCCUUCUCCAGCAUCUCUUUCUCUUUCCCAACCCAAAACCGUUACUUCCACCACUCUUCUCUGCCAUUACCCACCUUCACCGUUCUAUCUCCUCCCCAACAUUCUUCUUUCAACCUCUUCACUUCCAAUGCUCCCCUUUUCACACCAAUUCACUCUCCUACCACCACCAUUUUUGCAGCCGGCAACGGCGACGGAACCGGAGGGGGGAGAGGCGGCGGAGGUGGAGGCGAUGGCCACGGCGACUCGGAGGAUAGGGAUCGCAACAGAGAGGAGGCGCUGCUGGUGCUUGAGCAGGCCGGGAGGGCGCCGGAGAAUUUACCCGCGGAUUUAGCUGCGGCGAUUCAGGCGGGGCGAGUGCCCGGUUCGAUUGUGCAGAGGUUCUUCGAGCUGGAAAAAUCGGCCGUGUUCCGAUGGUUGCUCAAUUUCGGAGGGUUUAAGGAGAGGUUGCUGGCGGAUGAUUUGUUUCUGGCUAAGGUUGCCAUGGAGUGUGGUGUUGGCAUCUUCACCAAGACUGCUGCGGAGUUGGAGAAGCGCAAAGAAAAUUUUUCUAAGGAGCUGGAUUUUGUUUGUGCUGAUGUGGUAAUGGCGAUUGUAGCAGAUUUUAUGCUCGUGUGGCUUCCUGCUCCCACAGUUUCUCUCAAACCACCUCUUGCUGUUAGUGCUGGAGCUAUAGCUAAAUUCUUCUAUGGCUGCCCUGAAAAUGCUUUUCAGGUGGCUUUGGCUGGAACCUCGUAUACCCUUAUACAGAGAAUAGGUGCUAUAAUGCGUAAUGGAGCGAAGCUAUUUGCGGUUGGGACUGGUGCAUCAUUGAUUGGAACGGGUGUAACAAAUGCGUUGAUUAAUGCACGGAAAGUUGUUGAUAAAUCUUUUGCUGCUGAGGCUGAGGAUGUACCAAUAUUAUCAACGAGUGUUGCCUAUGGGGUUUACAUGGCAGUAUCUAGCAACUUAAGGUAUCAAGUUCUUGCAGGAAUUAUUGAACAACGGAUUCUAGAACCUUUGCUGCAUGACCACAGGCUUAUGCUGAGUGUACUAUGCUUUGCUGUUAGAACUGGAAACACCUUCUUGGGCUCACUAUUGUGGGUGGAUUAUGCUCGUUGGGUUGGAGUUCAGAAGAUACGGGAGUAGGCGAAAUGGUUUUAGAUAUUGUUAUUAGAUGAUUUGGGUCAAAUCUUGGCUGUUAAUUCAUCAUUGGAAUUACUGUUGGUUUGUUGUAUUAAUUUUUCUUCCUCCUGACAACAUAAUUGUACAUUGGGCAAUAAGGGAGGUCGUGAAGCACCACAAGUCUCCAAUUAUCACCAUUUAUGGUGGCCAGUGACGAUAUAAGAUACAUCUCUCGUAGCUAGCAGCAAGAGAUGAAGUUGAGUCACAUUUUUGCUAGACAUUGGUGGCAAUGCCCCUUGAUUGUUCUUGUGUGUUUUGCUUUCUCAAAUUGAAUUGAAUAGGAACAAAUAAAUUCAAAUUGAUAGUUCCUUCACCUUGAAUAGAAACCUCAUCAUUCGUUGCAUAACCAUACCACUUUUCUAAUUUGUUGUCAUCUUGAGCAUUAAGCAUUAUGUAAAAACAAUUUGGUUCGCU